AAAAUGUUCAUUGGUGGUUUGAACUGGGAGACAACAGAUCAAUCACUUAGGGAGUAUUUUUCACAGUUCGGCGAAGUUACAGAGUGCACUGUCAUGCGUGACGGCGCAACUGGACGUUCUCGCGGAUUCGGUUUCCUCACUUUCAGAGACCCCAAGACCGUCAACAUCGUCAUGGUGAAGGAACACCAGCUUGACGGCAAGAUUAUCGACCCCAAAAGGGCUAUUCCUCGCGACGAGCAGGAGCGUACUAGCAAGAUCUUCGUUGGCGGUGUCUCGCAGGAAGCCACCGAGGCUGACUUCAAGAACUUCUUCAUGCAGUUUGGUCGUGUUCUGGAUGCCACUCUGAUGAUGGACAAGGAUACCGGUCGUCCUCGUGGUUUCGGUUUCGUCACCUUUGACAGUGAGGCUGCUGUUGACAGAACUCUUGAACGUCCUUUGGAGAUCUUGGGCAAAUACAUUGAAGUCAAGAAGGCUCAACCCAGA